ACGGCGGAUGCGAAAUAAAAUGAAACUUGUUUGUGUAGAUCGAAAUUUCAUAAAAAGUAUUAAAAUUUGUUUUUCAAAUGGCGAAACCACCGGAAGUAGAAUGACACGCGAUAACAAGAAAUAUCGAAAUUACAAUUGAAUAACGAACGGAAAAAAGAAACCAUUGCUUUGGCUAUCAAAAAUUCAACACGUAAAUCAUCUUAAGUUUGGAUCAAAAUUUCUAAAGUCACUGAUUCUCAUUCCGCCUCUAAUAAUUCGAAUGACGUAAUUUUAACAAAAGUCUCAACGCUGCUUGCAUAUUAAGAUACCCCUAUUAAUCGGAAAACAGAUUGUUCCUGCAGAAGAUAGUUCACGAUAGAGCGAUAUGAAUAGUGACACUCAGUCAAUGAAUGCUUCUAAAUAUGAAAAACUGGUAAAAGAACCUAACACGCAAAUCAAUAGGUGUAACAAUCUCGACAAUCAGGUAAUAUUCUCGUGAAGGAUCGAAAUAUAUAGUAGUGUAACGUUAAAAUGUACAUUCAGGUAACCAAUACUCGUCAAAUAUUCGACAAUCUAAAUCAAUCUAUUCAACGAAAACAGAAACCGGAUUCUAGUUUAACAUCCCAUACAUCACCUUCAUCUACAAAUAAUAUCAAUGCCAUAACAAGUAAAUGCAAAACCCAUAAAUUAGUGGACAGCAAACAAGUUUCGAGACAAUUUCAUCAAUUCGACAAGAAGACAUUUCUUCUUGAUACUUAUGCUCGUAUCGUUGCUAACAAUAACAGGCGUUGCCCUAAGAGAUUACGUGAACUCGCUAAACCAAAGAGACAAGCACAUAGCGAUCAGAAUGACUACGCUGCGAAUUUCGAUUUAAACUACGGCCAUGUGACUAAAACUUGCCGUGCGGAAGACAAACGCAACUUAAAAGAGUAAAAAAAGAAAUAGUUUAUAAUAGCUCAUUGUGACAGAAUAUUUUAAACAAUUUCUCAUGCAACAAUUUAGCGUGAUUAC